AAUAUACCUAAUAAUACUGGGGAUAGAGUGAGUCUCAAAAUGGACGUGUUGGGAAAGGGUUCUGUAUUCAGGGGGAACACCCUGAUUAGGUCUUGGCAAGCAGCAACAACACCUCUGGGGCAAGCAGCCUCAGCUCCAUCCCUGUCUCGUGGCAGCACCCAGCCUGGAAGACCUGUUGUGGCACAGCCGGCUGCUCGGAGCAGGGCAGAGGAGCAGGCAGCACUGCAGCAGGACCAGGUCCAACAGGAUAAGAUCUGGAGGGAGUCUGUGGAGGCUGAACAGAGAGGAAGAAAAAUCUGGUACCAGAACUGGAGUUUCCUAAAGGACUAUGACCAAAUGGGUAAGAAAAAGGAACAGAAGCCACUGCCAGAUUAUAUAUCUGUGUUUUCAAACAAAGUUCCCAACUCCACCAACCAGAACAUUGGCAGUAGAAUGAAUACUGAACUUGGCAAGAUGCUGGUAAACAUGGAUUACUUCUUCAGCAGCGGAGCACGAAAGAGGAAACUUGAGGAUGACCUCCAGCCUUCCUAAUGCUUCAAGUAAAAAUACUAGUAACAAAGCAAGUCAGAGAUCUACCUAGCAGACCUCUUUCAGACUCCACAACACUGAAAUUAGCGGGUAACAAAAUCCUUUCUUUUUUUUUCUUUUUUUUUUUUCUUUUUUUCUUUUUUUUUCUUUCUCAGAGAGACCAAAAGUACUGUCUAGCAUGGAAAUUUUUCAAGAAGUAAGAUGGAUGUCAUUCAACAAUGCCUAAGGAGACUAUUCUCUUCAGAUUUGGGGUAACUCGGCCAUAUACAGUGAGUCAGGACCACAGAUCUCAUCCUUCUUCCCAUGCAAGCCCACAAUAACGUUGCUACUAACAUCAGAAAGAUUAGAGCCAAAGGGCUCUUCUGAAACUCUUCCUGAAUUUUUACCUCCUGAAAAGAAACAAUCAACAGAGACCAGCUCAGAUGAGUCACAGCAUAAACAACAUACUUCAAAUUCUGAAAGCCUGGGCAAUAAAACACAGCAGGUUGUUACAUUUCAUGUAUUUACGCAAGGAUUCGUCAGCCUGCCACUUGCAUGUUUAAGCUUGCUCUAAAGAGUAAAAUUUAAGGCAUGUAAGAUGUGUUCUGUGCUUUUUCAACUCUCCCUGCUGAGGGAGGGAGAUCAAUUUUUUUUUUCAGACUUGUUUUCUUUUUUUUUUUUCCUUUAGAUUUUCUGUUUCUCCCCUGUGCUCUCAAAUUCCCUUCUGCUACUUUUUUUUUGUUUUGUUUUUCCUUGUAUAGCUGAUGGAAACUCAGUGACCAGGAAGCAGACUUUUACAUUUUGCUCUGAAGGCAUGCUGCUCAGCAACCUGCCUUACGCUCUUUUGAUCAUCACCCUUGAAUUUAGCAGGUUUGUAGUUCCUAAAAUCUGUGGUUGCCCAGGGAAACCACCAUCUAAAUCGACAAAAUACCUAAAGCCUGCUCACUAGUGCAUCUUCAUGACAUAGACGCAAUGUUUUUUCAGGGAAAAAACAGCAAUCAGCAAAGCAUGAGGAACAUACAUACAGUGCCUGCCUUCACAGGGUGCAUGUGGCUUCUGUAGGACCAUGCUCAGCCCUGCCUAGGUGGAGACCAACACCGAAGCCACUAGCAUUGCCCUGAUACAGCAGACUGCAAUCUCACACUUGGCUGAGGUGGAGCUGUGUUUACUUAACGCCUUGCAGCUGAGACUGUUUAUUUUUGAGGUUAGAGUUUAGCAGAAGGCGGCAGUUGACAGGCACAAUAGGUGGUAGGGAACGGUGUUAGCUGAUAGUUAGUCCUAGUUGAUGGUUAGUCCUAACACUAACAACACGGUUGUUAGUGUUAGGACAGAGGUUGGACUAGAUGAUCUUGGAGGUCUCUUCCAACCUAGACAAUUCUGUGAUUCUGUGAUUCUGUGAUUCUGUGAUGUGAUCACUGCCAACAUGCAGGUGGUCUCUGGAAAAAAAAAAAAGAAGAAAAAAAAGCCACUGUAGAAAGAAGAGUUGGGCCAUGGCCCACAGCCACAUCCUGGCUUCCUCAGCAUCUGAGAACUGGAGGAUGAAGGCUUUCAGGAUGACAGCUAAGCUACUUGGAGAAGAAGGAAGAUGAUGGCAUGAAAGUAGCCCGUGCAAGGGCUGAUUCCAUUCUGCAGACAUGAAUAUCCAACUGUA